AUCACUUUGCAACCGAACGUCACCGGGACAAGUCUGAUUGACAUGAGGUACCUAAGGACCUUCUGCUGUUUCUGGGAUACUAGGGUAGGGUGCAUAGUUAUUGGAUAUGUAAGCGGUGCAUUCAGUGUGACUUGCUGCGUAGGGUCCAUCUUACGUCUCUUCCUAGGUCUUCCAUUAGUUCUUCAAAACGAUGAUUAUCAAGGAGAGUUUCCAUUCAAUCCUCUGUUUUUUGUCUUCAGUUCUGCAUUUUUUGCCUUUCACACCAUCGCCUCCUUUUCUUUAAUACCUGCUGUAAAAGAGAGACAAGGGAUGUUUGUUAUACCAAUCGUGGUCAUGUUAUUCAUUGACAUCUUGCUGGACUGCAUAGCUAUCACUGUCUUAGGGAUGAUGCUAGGAAGACAUAACGACAUAGAAGAUUUUCUUACUGCUGGCAUUAUCAUCAGUUCCAUACUUAUGCUACUGCUGAUUUAUUCAGUUCUCAUAGUAAUAUCCUACUUUGAAGAAAUGUUCCACCAACUUGAUCAAGUUCCUCUUCAAAAAUCCAAAUCAGAUGGCAAAAACGAAUCAUCUUCAAGCAAUUCAGCUACAAGUUUUGGAACUAUUGUAUGAAGAUAAUCUCUCAACUUAUUGAUAUGAGUGCAGGA